UCUCGCCCAAUCAGUACUUCACGUCGUUUGCUCGCCUUUCCCUGUCCUUCGAUUGCUUCUCACGCCUGCAUUUCUUAGUUUUAACGUGCCAGUUACUCUCUCUUUUCGCCCCUCCUCCCACUGUGAAAAUGUUAACGAUGAAUCUCUCCGAAUGCCAAGUGAGAGAUGACUGCUGUCACGUGGUGCGACUAUUUGAAUCCUCUGACCAUUCCCAGUCCCGUCUCUCCCUCUCAAACUCAGUUUCCUCAGGCUCCCAGCCGGGGGACCACUCUGCAGACAUGGCUGGUUCAAGGAAGCUCGUUUAAGACUCGCAACUGCUCGAUCACUCUCCCCUAAUCUCGUCAUUGUUCUGUGCAGUGGCGGUCAGAAUGGAGCUCCUCAUUUACUCAACUUUCUGCGGAUUUUUAGCGUCCACAGGGCUUGGCUUUCAAAUCCAGUGUUACCAAUGUGAAGAAUUCCGAUUAAAUGAUGAUUGUUCGUCCCCGGAGUUUAUAGCAAACUGUACAGUCAACGUGCAAGACAUGUGUCUGAAAGAAGUGAUUGUCAAAAGUGACGGAGUUAUGUAUCGAAAGUCUUGCGCUGCUUCUACAUCUUGCCUCAUUACAUCGGCAGGCUAUCAGUCAUUUUGUUCUCCAGGAAAGGUGGGAUCUGUGUGCAUCAGUUGUUGCAACACUCCACUCUGUAAUGGACCCCGUCCCAGAAGAAGAGGAAGCGCAGCAAUGUCUUCAAAAGCAAGCCUAAAACUUGUAGCUGCUGUUGGAAUACUCACAUCAGCAAUUCUUCCAACAUAAACCCAUAAAAUGAAGGAAACUCAAGUGUCAUUAUUGAUGUAGGAGUUCUGACAUUUCCUACCUUGCUUUGCUGUCUACAUUUCACAUGCUGUGUAACAGCUUACAUUUAAAAUAACUGACGAUCACCAUCCAAAAACAUUAAAAGACCAUAUUCUUGACACAGAGACAAUUGCCAAUUCCAUGGUUGCUUUAUUGAAAUUUCACAUGCUAUUAUAAAAAUGACUUUUGGAAGAAUCACUAACAGCACUUUGAAAAUUUUCUCUGUGGUUUUUGCUUGAUACAGUUCCACUUUGUGAAUGCUUCAUAUCUCAGUUUCAUUGACUCCAUUUGGUUUCUCCUUUAGGUGUAGCUCAGAUAUUAUUUCUGGGGAAAGAAGCUUUGAGUUAGUGUUCAACAAGCUGGGCCCUGAAACUGAGUCAGCAGAGUUAAAUUCAUCUGGCUUUGUUGUUUGGGUCUCACAGUUUUGAUGUGACAAUGGCUCAAGCUCAACAUCUGUGUCCUUCAUUACCGUGCUCGAAAGGUUUUUGUUGCUUUUCCGGCGUGGAGAGCUGUAUUUGAGUGUGGCAUGGAGCAAUGACCUUGUAGACUGAGUAGUGUCACCUUUGGGAUUGGCUUGGGUUCUCCGUAGUGUCUGCAUGUUUACAUGCUCUAUAGAGUUACAACGCAGUACCUGCAUGAAAACUGCCCUGAACUGCUUAGAGGACAGAUUAUACAGCAGUGGAUUUAAUACUGAGCUGAGAUAAAAUAAAGUAUCUGAAAUAGGCAAUAGGGCUACAAAGGCUCUGAAAUAUACCGUUGUCCACUGUGACUUUUCUUUGGCUGCUGCCAUGAUACGACGAAUUUGCAAUGGCGUCCAACACACAGCUAGGGCAACCACAAUGAGCACU